AUGAAGAACGUCCAAGGCGCCUUCCUGGCCAUCGUGCUCAGCUUGGCCUUCGGCCAUGUCUCUGCCUUCUGGCGUAUGGUCUGUGGAACCGUCCAGGUAGGCAGAGUCGACCCCAUCGUCAACCCCGGCGGCAUUUCCGGUCACUGUCAUACCAUUGCUGGACCAAACAACAUCAACACCACAUCGACGUUUGACAGCCUGCAAGCCUCUUACUGCACUUCUUGCAGCAUUCAGAAAGAUAAGAGCGCUUACUGGACACCAAAUCUGUACUACAGGCACCGCAAUGGCUCAUUCGAGGAAGUCCCACAUGACGGCACAGUCGUGUACUAUUUGGAUCGUGGCGUGGAUGUAGCCAACAUGGUUCCUUUCCCACCUGGGUUCCGUAUGCUCUCUGGCGAUGCUGCGGCUCGAUCGUUCGACCCCAACACCAUGACCUAUGGAAACAAGACCUACGGCGGGACUCCGGUUUCCAACCGCGUCAGUUUUGCUUGCUUGGACAGCAGUGGACCCCAGCCAGAGACUCCAGGCUUCAAAUCCACUAAAUGUGAUUCAGGUCUUCGUGCCCAGAUACAUUUCCAAAGCUGCUGGGACGGUGUCAACCUAUACAAGACUGACCAAAGCCACGUGGCGUAUCUCUCUGGAAUGGACAAUGGCAUCUGCCCACCUGAUCACCCGAAGCUACUCCCCCACUUGUUCUUCGAAGUUAUCUAUUCCGUGAACAGUGUCGACCAAUCCGAUGGUGGAAUGUUCGUCUUCUCCCAGGGCGACACAACUGGCUAUGGCUUCCAUGGUGACUUCUUGAAUGGCUGGGACGUCGAUGUCCUGGACUCUGCCAUUGACCAGUGCAUGGGUCCCAAUGCCGUUAACGAUGGCCAGAUCGGUCUGUGUCCACCGCUUCAAGCGUCCGUGGACCCGUAUUUCAACCAGAAUUGUCCCGAACAGGCCGCUAUCGUCAACGAGACUGUUCACGGUCUUUUGAAGGUGCUUCCGGGUUGCAACCCCCCCACAGGCGGACCUUUGCGUGCCACUCAAAACAUCUGUCCUGUUCAACCCACUCUCAAUUACAUUCCAAAUCAAGACUGGAUGAACCGUUCAGUCGCCAUUCCCGGUCAAAAGGUAGGCAGCUGGCAGUACAUGGGUUGUGCUCUCGACUCAAGCACGCCUCGCCCUCUGGCCGGUUUGAGCUACACCAGUCAAACGAACAUGUCUAUCGAGAGCUGCACGGCCUUCUGCAAGCAAAAUGGCUACUUUAUGGCCGGAAUGGAGUACUCGACCCAGUGCUAUUGCGCUAGCUCGCUGACGCAGCCGCUGCAGAGCCCGCUCAACUGUUCGCAACAAGAUUACAUGAUCUGCAGCGGCAAUCAGUUCGAGUAUUGUGGUGGACAGAGCCUCAUGCAGAUAUGGAAUGACACCACGUACUCGGGUCCGGCGAUCAAGGGGACACCUGUAGCUGGUUCAACGGUGAUGACUGUCCCGGGUGGUGGAAAUGCGACAUACCAAGGCUGCUAUGUGGAGGGGGUAGGAGGUCGAGCCCUGUCUGGUGCGUCGUUUUCCAACAGCACCGGCAUGACCCUGGAGCUUUGUGCUGCGUUCUGCUCAAAGACCAACUCUGCGUUCUUCGGCACCGAGUAUAGUCAAGAAUGUUACUGUGGAAGCAGCAUCAGCACCGCUACGGCCCCACAGUCGGCCUGCUCCUCCUUCUGCUCAGGCGACAAGACCGAGUUCUGUGGCGGAGGCUCUCGCCUCUCUGUGUGGUCGUUAGGAAACUACCAGCCACCCGCUGGAAGCCAGACCGGCACUGGUACCGGCGGAACUUCCGCACCCUCUUCGACCGCUAGCACAGUCCCCGCCGCGACAGGAAUUACGUCGAUGGGCUGCUACAGCGAGACGACCCCGACACGGGCCUUGACCGCGCUCUUCACGGCCGGCACGUCGAUGACGAUCGACCUCUGCGCGCAGCAAGCGCAACAGCUCAACCUGCAGUACUUUGGGGUGGAGUACGCCUCGCAAUGCCUGGCAGGCAGCGUGCUGAGCCCGUCGUCCACGCCCCUGGCCUCGUCCAAAUGCAGCAUGAAGUGCGCGGGCAACACGACCGAGGUGUGCGGCGGGCCCAACGCCAUCUCGCUGUACAAGAACACGCUGUACGUCAAGCCGACCAACCCGAACCCGGCCAACGUGCCGAACCAGCCCGGUUCGCAGUACGGGUACGUGGGGUGCUACAACGAAGGCAACGGGGCGCGCGCGCUGGGCAGCACCGACAAGACGGGCUCCGCGGCCACCACCUCGGCGACGCUGACGGUCGAGGCCUGCGCCGCAUUCUGCUUCGCCAAGGGCUACAGCUGGAUGGGCGUCGAGAACGGCAACCAGUGCUUCUGCAACGCCGCGGGUGUCAUCAACGGCGCCGCCCUGUCCGCCGCCGGCGACGCCGACUGCAACGUCACCUGCUCCGGCAACCCCGCCGAGAACUGCGGCGCCAGCGCCAAAUUGAACGUCUACCAGUUAACCACCGGGAGCGGGAGUGCCAGGUUCGCCACGACGGGCAAGACGAGCAGGCGGGGCUUGAGGUUUCGAACGUGGUGA